ACGUGUCCUAGCCUAGCUGGUGGUGCGGCAGACUGAGAAUCGGUGGUGGGUGUUGUGUGAGGUUGUGAUAAAGUUUGCUACGUGUCUCUCCUCUCGUGGUGUGAUAUGCAGUAACCAGUGAUGAAUAGUUCUCAUACGUACAGCAAAUGAUAAGUAAUAAGGUUUAUAAUUAAUUAACCUUAUAAUUAAAACCCGUUUUACUAAAAGUAAAACCAUGCAUUCCAACAAGGCAACUCCAACGGGUGUUAAAAAAGUUAUGUUUCCUGACAAAAAAUCGUCAUUACCACCGUCAUCGUCGUCGACCUCAUCCUCAUCAAAACAAAUUAAAUCCUCCACGAUGACAAAUGCUGCUGGUCUCAGUUCAUUAAUCACCUUUACAAUAUUAUUGUUGGCAUGGAUAUCAGGAUUCGCCUCGAGACUCUUUGCAAUUAUACGAUUUGAGUCUAUCAUUCAUGAAUUUGAUCCAUGGUUCAAUUACAGAGCAACUGCUUACAUGGUACAGCAUGGGUUCUAUAAUUUUCUAAACUGGUUUGACGACCGCGCUUGGUAUCCACUAGGCAGAAUCGUCGGUGGUACCGUGUACCCAGGACUGAUGAUAACAUCUGGCUCGAUCCAUUACAUCCUUCAUUCUCUAAACAUUCCAGUGCACAUAAGAGACAUCUGCGUAUUCUUGGCACCAGUUUUCAGUGGACUCACCGCGAUUUCCACCUACUUCUUGACUAAAGAACUGUGGAGUGCUGGUGCUGGCUUAUUCGCAGCAUGCUUCAUUGCUAUUGUACCCGGUUACAUAUCCAGAUCAGUCGCUGGUAGUUAUGAUAAUGAGGGGAUAGCUAUAUUUGCAUUACAAUUUACUUACUACUUAUGGGUUAAGUCGGUGAAAAAAGGAUCUAUAUUCUGGGCUGCGAUGACGGCAUUGUCGUACUUCUACAUGGUCUCCGCCUGGGGUGGCUAUGUUUUUAUUAUUAACUUAAUACCGUUGCACGUAUUCGUGCUGCUCCUGAUGAACCGAUUUAGCAAUCGCUUAUUUGUAAGUUACACGACCUUUUAUAUACUGGGACUGUUGCUUAGUAUGCAGAUUCCCUUUGUAGGAUUUCAACCCAUUAGAACGUCUGAACACAUGGCGGCUGGUGGAGUGUUUGCAUUACUCAUUUUCGUAGGAGCUCUGAGAUACCUUCGGACAAUACUCACUAAAUCUGAAAUGAAAUACUUUGGAGGAGUCGUUGCUGUAAUUGCCGGCAUUCUUCUUCUGGGAUUAAUUGUUUUGACAUAUCUCGGUGUGGUAGCACCCUGGAGUGGAAGAUUUUACAGUCUCUGGGACACGGGAUACGCUAAAAUUCAUAUUCCCAUCAUAGCAUCAGUCUCUGAACAUCAACCUACAACGUGGUUCAGUUUCUUUUUCGAUCUCCAUAUCCUCGUGUCAACUUUCCCCGUUGGUCUGUGGUACUGUAUCAAGCGAAUUAACGACGAGCGUGUCUUUGUCGUACUCUACGCUUUGAGUGCCGUUUAUUUCGCCGGCGUGAUGGUUCGUCUGAUGCUCACGUUGACUCCAGUAGUGUGUAUGUUGUCUGGAGUCGCAUUUAGUGGACUCUUGGAAUUAUAUCUGAAAGACGAGGACCGUGAAUCAGGGGAGAGAGAUAACGUGGACAGUAGCGAGGCUGAAAGUGAAACUGACGGAGAACGGAGUCCUGGAAGAGGGCUUUACGACAAGGCGGGAAAACUCAGGAGAAUGAAACAUGAAAAACCUAAAGGCAACGGUGACGGACUUGGCUCAAAUCUUCGCAAUGGAGUCGUUAUUGGUGUCUUGAUGCUUUUGAUGAUGUUCACCGUUCACUGUACCUGGGUCACCAGCAAUGCAUACUCCAGUCCGUCAAUCGUUCUUGCUUCUUACACCAACGACGGAGGCAGAAGCAUACUCGAUGAUUUCCGCGAAGCUUAUUACUGGCUUGCACAAAAUACUCCAACCGACGCCAGAGUAAUGAGCUGGUGGGAUUAUGGAUAUCAAAUAGCGGGAAUGGCCAAUAGGACGACACUCGUGGACAAUAACACAUGGAACAAUUCUCAUAUUGCGCUGGUAGGAAAAGCGAUGAGCUCAACAGAACCAAAGGCUUACGAAAUAAUGACAUCACUAGAUGUCGACUAUGUUCUAGUUAUAUUUGGUGGAAUGAUCGGAUACUCAGGAGACGAUAUAAACAAAUUUUUAUGGAUGGUGCGUAUUGCCGAAGGUGAACACCCUCAAGAUAUUCGCGAGAGCGAUUACUUUACUGAACGUGGAGAGUUUCGUGUUGACGCUGAAGGUUCACCGACUCUUCUUAAUUGUCUUAUGUACAAAUUGAGUUACUACCGUUUUGGCGAAGUGACUCUGGACUACCGCAUGCCCGCUGGGUUUGAUCGCACGAGGCACGCUGAAAUAGGAAAUAAAAACUUUAAAUUAACUUAUCUCGAUGAAGCCUACACGACUGAGCAUUGGCUCGUGAGAAUUUACAGGGUGAAGAAGCCCAAUGAGUUCAAUCGACCCAGGAUCCCAUUAUCAGAGCGUAAGAUUGCCCGAUCAUCGAGCUCGUACCACAGUAAAAAGACGACACGUCGCAAGAAGGGAAUUAUCAAGAAUAAACCGACAGUGGUGAAAGGACAAAAACCUAUAAGAAGAACGACCGUUUAAAAUGUAAAUAAUUUUUUACAAGACUUGAUCAUUUUUAUCCUCUUUGGCACCUCGUUCACUCACCUCUGGCGUUUUUUAUCAAUAAGUCAAGUCACCGUCCCUUAUUUUUUUUUUUUUUAUUAAAUAUUAAAUAUUAAUAAUGAUAAUAAUGAGUGAAGAAAAAAGAAAAUUAACAGUUUUAAACUAAAAAUAAUUUAGAGUGUGCCUCGAUGUCAAUGUACUAUAGAUUUAUUACGAGAAAAUGAAUGUUUAUUACAGUUGAUUUAUAAUUUUUUUAUUUUAUAAAAUGAAACGGGAUAUUUCCGGCUAAAAAAAUAACAAAAAAAGAGUUAAUAAAUAAAUAAAUAAAAAAAAAGUUACGAGUAAAUUUUAAUAUGUUUAAUAAUAAUUAGAUUGUAAAAUGAAUACUAUUAUAUUUCGUAAAUACGUAUCAUCAAUGCAAUAAAAUUUACACCGCGAGUUGAUGGUAAAUUUAUAAAAAUAAAAUUUAAUUAAUCUUUUAAUAAGAAUACUUUUUAUUAAAUUAAAUUUUAGUUUGUUACGAGCAAUAACAUGUGGAAAUAUUGCUGUGAAAAUAUAAAUUUAUAAAUUAAUAAAUCGUGGACACAAAUAGUGAUAGAAAACAAAAAUAAUACUUGGUAAAUUGAUAAAAUUUUUGUUUUACAUUUAAUAUAAUAACAAUAAUAAUAUUAAUAAUAAAUGUGUAUAUUUGAUGAUUGUGUUUGUGAGUACGCAGCAUUUAUUAAAGUGAUUAUUGAAAAUACUAUUGACUGUCAGAUGAAAUAGAUAUUUGAUGACGUAUAAAUUUAAAAAUUACCCAAUAUCUAUUUUCAAUACGAGCUUUUCUGAUAAAAAUCAUUUAUUCUGUUUGUAUUUCCAUCAAAUGAAUAACGACUGAAAUCCCACCAGAUAAAUAAUAAUAAUAAUGAUAAUAAUAAAAGCAUGUAAUUGUCAUUACAUCAAUUGUAAAAAAAUUAUAUAAUAGUAUUUCGGUCACCUGUAAUAUCUGAUGUGUAAAAAAGUAAUUGAUUAUAUACUAAAAUAAUAAAUAAUUAAAAUGAAAGAAAAAAAAGUUGACAAGUGUCGGACGGUUGAAAAACUUGUAAAAUGCUCAUAAUAUUGAGCCUGUAACAGUGUCUUGUUUACACAGUUUGUUGUUUAGAGUCUUGUUGAAAGAUAAAUAUUCACAGUAAUA